CAAGAGCAAGUACUCACACUCUGCUAAGCGCUGCAGCUUCGCGGUCGUUCCAGUAAUGCCCUUCCCAAUAUCCCGCGCUCUCCGCGCAAACUCGGAUCUGCCUGUACUGCUAUCAUGCGGACCAGACGGCGACCCAUUGGCUUGUCGUCUUUGGGCGUCCGUCAGGAGCGCUUGUCGCUGGGUUCCAACUUUCGAGGCGCCGAGUCGUUUUUGGGCGUGGCCAAGGAUGGCGCUGAACUCGCUCGUGCGAUCUUGAAUGGACGGUCCGGUCAUUCUGACAGGGCGGCGUGGAAAAGGCGACCGAGUGAAUCAAAAAGCCGUUGUGUUCGGAGAUUAGAGAAGGCGUGGGUCAGGGUGGACUUGGCCGGUGUUUGGCAACGGGGCUGGUCCAACUGGAUUCUAAUCGAUAAGGGGGAGGCGUAGUAGACGUGUCCGGUUGCAGCGGUAGUGUUGGGAAAAGGAAACUUCCAGGUCUAUUGCGGAAGUCAAGUAAUUAAAAGCCAGGGUAGCCUUCGCAUUUGUUGAAAUUUCAGGAAAGAAACAGCACGACCAUUUGUUCCUUGAUUGCAAGCCACCUAAGUUGAAACACGUCGUGGAUCGCGGCGACUUCGAUGGCUAUCACGUGAGAAAUAUCUGGUGAAUCGUUACGUCAGCAGCACCGCCGCACCCAAAUUUAGAUUGGGCAGACUGUAAAGUAACCCCAGACUAAAAAUCAGGGGAAAACAAUUCCUUGGAACACAGUUUCGGAGCUUCAAGUAUACCAAUACUGCGGCAUUCUUUUUUCUUUCCUUUCAACUGCCGACAUCCAGUCAGUUGUGUUCAUAUUGCCCAAUUCUGGUGCAUACACGUCAUCUUCUGCCGGUCAUUCGCAACGUCGCUCGCGCCACAACCGUUUUCCCUCAAAUACCCGGCGGUCCCCUCCUGCACGAGCUCAGGAAAGCAUCAGGGGUCCGUCGACCUUGUGUUUUAGCGAUCGCAACGCGGAAACUCUGCGAUCUAGCCAGCUAGGCAGCAACUCAUGCGAGAGUCUUAAAGUCCGCUUGACCACACCACCCAUCGCUGUUAUUCUGAUGGCGGAUCAUAAUCCUCCAUGGCACGGUCGAGGGGUCCAGAAUCUUCCUGCCAACGCGAAUAGCCCCCUCUCGCCAGCAAGUACGGGCGGAGCUACCCCCUCCUUUGAACGGAACGUCAAUCGCCAAAAGACCCAGCGCUGGGUGCAGGCAAAGCAGUAUUCAUACGAUGGUGGCGACUGGGGUGACGAUGAUGACGAAGAGGAGGAGGACGAGCGACCAGCGGCGCCUGCGCCUCCCUACGCCACGCACAAGACGGGCAGCACCUCCGAGUUGAGCUCCGGGCGCUUGUCUGGGCUUGGAUAUGGGACUGAUGAGGUCCGCGCAAGUCCUACUGCCGAAACCAAGCCGCUUCCCAGCGCUGGCGAUCAGAAGUCCCUGCCUUUCGUUAGACCUGCCGAUAUCUACAAGCGAAUGCGCGAGGAGCGAACGCCAGUAGGUGAAGCAGCAAGUCUUGGACGUUCAGCAGAGCCUCAGGGCUCUGUUCAGCCCCGUCCUACCCCGACUCAUCCUGCCGUGACUGGUGGCAACGGUACCUUGCCCGUGAAUCCAAGCGCCUCCAAAGAAACAACUCAAAAAGUCCCCUCCAUAGCGCUGCCGGAGCUCAAAAGAAUGUCAGGAUUCGGUGCCGAAUUCCUCGGUACCACUGACCCAAGCUUCCAGCCAAGUGCAAGCUCUGAGUCCGCGGAGGCCUCCCUACAUCACAACCCAUCUCAGGCCUCCCAGGCCUCCCAAGACUCUCAGGGCUUCACAUCGGUCGUCCACCAAGCCUUCGACGUUCCAGAGACUCCCAACUCCACUGACGAUAGUGUGGUGCGGUCAAACAGCGACGGAACCUCUGUCAUUAGUCCAAUUAUCAGUCACCGCACCACUCAGGACGACAAAACGCCCACAAUUCCCGAGGAACCUGCGGAGUCCAGUACCCCCACCAACGCGCCAAAAGAAGGUGGGGACCAGACUUCGUUCUUCAAGCCUGGUCAUCGACGUGAUAUGAGCCUUCCCGAGAGUGACAACAGUCCUUCGAAAAGACCUCUGAUUACGGACAAUCAGGUUCCAUUUGCAGGCCAAGCAGAACUGUCGUCGGUCUCUCCGGGUCAGUCUGGCUCACCGGAUAGACCCGCUGAUGCCCCAGGCGCUCAGAGCGCAUCGAUUCCAUCGACAACGACAGCUGAGACUUUCAUCGCACCUCUCAAAUUUGGCAGCAAUGGCACAAUCGCAUCUGAAGGCUAUCGAGGCGAGAUCCCUACGAUUAUACCUGCUAGCGCUGGCGAUUCGCCGCAGGAUACCGACAACGAUCGGUUACGAGAAGAGAUCAUGCGGUCCUUGAGUCGGGAGAACUCCCAGGAGCCUGAGUCACUGCCACAGCCGAAUCAGGAUGGAUCUAUCCCGCAAACCUAUGAGAAGUAUUGGGAUAAUUCGACCGGCCCCGGUCCCGACGAAGUCCCAAGGGCACUUGUCUCCGAGACUCAUCCUGAUUGGACUAGCACACAUCCUCUGGCUGCUCAGGACCCAUAUGCAGCUACGCAAACGCCCAGCGAGACAGUUCCACCUGCCGACGCUGAUCCGAAGAGGCCUCGACUAGGACGGCGGUUCUCAUGGGAGUCAGCCUCGUCGGACGAAGCGCCAGCGACGCAGGUUCCUGUGGCAGAUGCUGUGGCCCCUUCUUUAGACGCAAAUGCGGAUGCUCGAAAGGCUGGUACCAUCGCUGAUGAUUUUGAGCCCAUGGCAGAGGAUCUGUCAAGAGAACGGCCAGUCACUGCUGGCGAAAUUUCCGAUGAUUCCCAGCGCAUUGAGAAGCCCAGGCUGUCAAUCGUACCUCCAAUCCCCCAGACCAUCUCUCUGCCACAGCAAAUAGCAGGCCCCGAUGGUGGCCAGGUAGCUGAAAGGGAAGUGCCAUUGCCAAUUGUAACAUCGAAGGUCGAAGAAGGAAAAUUGCAAGGGUUCCGCGACAUUCUCAACAAGACAUCGCCCGCGGAGCGAAUUCGAGCAUUUGAUCAAACCCGAGAUCAAUUCGCAACUCUGGACACGGGUAUCAAAGCCUGGCUUGAGUUUACUGUUCAUGCUCAUCCAGAGCAUGCAGAUCUUGUUCACUCGAGCCAGUCCCUCUCGUCUGGAUUCCAACGGACAUCACCCACGACCAGAAAGUUCCCCAAGCUCGCAUCUCUAGGUAACCUUACCUCUAAGGAAGACGGCGCUCCGGCCGGCGCUGGACACGCUAGACGUCCCUCUGGUCAUAUUGGAACCAUUGUAACUCGACAAAACGUCGAGCAGCGUGGCAAGGACCUCCUUCACACGGCUGGCACUUUCAGUGGGAAAGCAGGCGAAGCUGCCAAGGGUUUAUUCGCCAAGGGCAGGAGCAAAUUCCGACCCAGCGGAGACAAGGUUGACCAAUCGACUUCUUCUACUCCUCGCAGAAGUUUGCAAUUGCAGUUCUCUUCCCUAUCCGCGUCUGGUAAUUCGAAUUCCUCGGAUGGUAACUUUUCCCUACGCAACUCUGUCGUCUUUGGGAGCCUUCCGCUCUUCAAGUCGAGUCGGAAUGACAAUAUUUCUGCUGCCCCUGCGACCACUAUGGAUCCUGCCUCGUCUCUAGAGGGCUCUGUCGACGAUGAGUGUGCAGGCAAACGUCUCAAAUCCAAUGGAUCGGUGGACUUGAUGCGGUCUGUAGACAAAGUCGACAGAAAUUUGCCCAGUCAAACUACCAAGACCUCUGGAUUCGACCGCGAUAGAAGUGGAGGCCUCCCCAGACAGGCGGAGUUCUCAUUCGAUUUCGAACAGGAAAUGAAUGCAGCGCUAGGGUUGUCACCCGCCGAGCCGCGUCCUCAACAGGCUUCGACAUUUGAGCCGCGUUUGAGCCCAAGUGCAACCGUUGCUACCCACUCCGAUAGUCCCCAGCGCCAACCCGAAGACGUUUUGAAGAAGAAUACCAGCCGUUCCGCGACCUGGGACCCAACCGGCGGAGAGCCGAACGAGAAGAGCUUACCAGACCUUCCUAGCCAGUCAUCUACGCUUUCCCCCGUGUCGAAUAUGGGAGAUGCAUCACUGCCGGGUAUUCCAGCUUCCGAGGCCACCGUUCCUUUAACCCGACCGGUGGCAGAAGAGGAGGGCAACCGUAUUUCCUCACCAAAAAGACGCUUGUCGAUCGGCCACUCGUCCCAGGAUGUGCCUGUGAAAGAUAUUCUACCAGAUGUUCCGCCCAGGGAUGUUUCCAAUACAAACGAAGAUGCACCAAGCCUUCCUCCGAAGGACUUGUCCCCCAGGGACGAUCCUCUCAAGGGUCUUUUGUCUCUGGAGUCUGGAUUUACUCCACGACAACCUUCCGUCUCUACACUCGGAAUCGAUGAGCACCAAGUCAGCCAUUCCCCUGAGGAAGAAGUUGAGGCACCUCCUUCGCCAUUGCAACAACCGAUAAACCCGAUGACCGAGGCCGGGGAUGAUGAGUCGGAAAGGCAUGUGUCCAACCAAGUAGACUCUAGAGCUCGGACAUCUGUUUUCACUCUGCCAUCGCUCGACGAUGUUGCGUCAGGCUUUGGCUCUGCUUACCCAUCACGGCCCCCCAGCUCUGCAGAAAUCUUGGAAUCAAAGCGCAGGUCAAUCAGCGGCCUCCCUCCAACCACUCCAGGUGUACAGAGCCCGCUUCGGAAUGAAGUGAGAUACUCGCCAGGCACUCGAAGCAGCAUGUUGAGCUUUGGUAGCUUUGGUCGACAGAGCAAUAAUAGCAAGGGCACGCGACCAAAUACCCCAGCCAACGAAAUGUCGCAACAGGCUGUAUCUGGUGAUUCUAAGAUGGACAAGUUGAAGAAUUUUGGAAGACGGCGUCGUGCGUCGGUGGGCAAUGCCCUCUCUGGAUUCCAAGAGGGAGUCUCGAAAGAAUUCCAGAGCCUUCAAGCACGAAGCGCUCAGACUGAACCGCAGCAGAAGGACGGUGGCCAGAAGAAACGGCCUUUUAGCAGGAUCAGCGGAUUCUUUGGUCGCCAACAAGAUCCUCAGUCUGCACAGAGCAAGACCCUCGACAUUAGUCAUGGUGGACCGACUCCGGCGAAAGCCCAGCCACCAGCUCCUAUGGUCUCCCAAGCUCAAGAUUCACUCAGACACAAUGGCCACUCUACCCUCGACCCAGUCGGCAAGGACCUCCCACCUCGACCAGUCUCUCGGUCUUCAUCCUCCUCUGUCGAAUCACCCUCCCAACGACGCGAUCCUCGUCAGCGGGCAAGCAUGCCCAUUCCGCCCGUCGUCGCGACUACUUCUAUGUUGACUGGACGGUUUUAUUCAUCGCCGCAGUCUGGAGAACCUUCUGCACCUUCCCAUCAUACUCGCACGAAGAGUCAACCGAUGCUGUCCCCACCACUAUUAUCGCCCAUUGGGGGAUCUGAUUCUGGAAACAGCGGUCAGUCCCCUCCACUAUCCGAUGUGAACCAGGUAGAAGAAUCAACUUCACCACAAGAACACCAUCAUGAAGACGUUCAGCCACCCGUACCACCCAAGUCCAUCGAGGUUCAGCCCAAGCUCGAGCCAAGUCCCGGCCUAUCGAACGACGUCUCCAGUCUCUCCAUCGUGCCGACGCAUCCGCACCGUAGUGAUGCGCGAAUGGUCAAUGACACCCCCGAGCCCGUCGAGCUCGCAGUCACGCAUGAUGACUCUAGUGAGGAGAUCAUCAUGUCUCCCACAUCUUACCCAGGACAAGAAUGGACGCCGACAAAUUAUUACUAACCCAAAAAAGUGAUGCCUGCCGUUUGUCAAGCGAUCAUACGAUACCCAUUUUGAUUUCUGGCUGUCUUUACUGAUACCUCUGUUGUGGUCAUCUCGGCCUGUCGUUUGAUACCUACUCUGUUUUCAGUCUAGGGUUUUCUCGAUUGUAGUUGCAUCUGCCGCAAAUAGCGAGUCUUUGAGCACAAGGCUCAGUGUGUAUUAUCACUCGUUUGAUGUACCUAUCCUGUAACAUAAAGCUCACAUUUGUUGAAUCUGCCCCAGUGCUCGUAUUCAAGCUGGCAUUGUACCCCCAUAUUCUUCUAACGACAUAAGAACUUCCAACAUGGACAGAUCUUUUAGUUCAUAACGGCGUUCCUCAAGCGACCUAUCUGUCCAUCAUACCAGAAACUUUGUAGGUUCCUUCACGCG